AGCGGAGAGGAGCCGGGACUGUUUUCAAGCGCCUGAAUGGAGGCAGCCUCUUCCUGGUGGAUAAACAGUGACAGCUACAGGGCAGCCACCGACACCCAGCGGCCCGGCUCCGGCUUCGGCGCUGCCCCCGCCGAAGCACGCCAACAACAUGGCUUCAGACAGGCCGCACCUCGCGCAACUGACUUCUGAGCUCUACUUCCUAAUCGCCCGCUUUCUCGAAGCCGGACCCUGCCAUGAAGCAGCCGAGACGCUGAUAAGGGAGGUGGAGGAUAAGGAGCUGCUGCCCAAGAGGCUAGAUUGGACCGGGCAAGAACACCCCGGGACGUAUGACGAUCUGGUGAAGCUGUACCGCCACAUCAGUCCUGAGCAUCUGCUGCACGUGUGCUCCAGGGUUUGUCCUCUGCUGGAGCGGGAUGUCCCAGCCAGCGUGCCAGGACUAACUAGCCUGCUAGGAGCGGGUCGGCAAAAUCUCCUCCGUACAAGCAAAAGUUGCAAGCAUGUUGUAUGGAAGGGUUCAGCGCUGGCAGCGCUUCACUGCGGGAGACCGCCAGAGCCUCCUAUCAUCUAUGGAAGCCCAGCAAACAUUGUGGAAACAAGUCAUGGUCGGCGGCUAAACGGAUCUUACCGCUUGCGCCAGCUGGUGCCAACUGCAGUUUAUCAGCAUAUGAAGAUGCAUAAGAGGAUCCUGGGACACCUUUCCUCAGUCUACUGCGUCACAUUCGACAGGACUGGACGUCGCAUAUUCACAGGAUCUGACGACUGUUUGGUAAAGAUCUGGAGCACUGACAGCGGAUGUCUGCUAGCAACCUUGCGCGGGCAUGCUGCUGAGAUCUCCGACAUGGCAGUCAGCCAUGAGAACACGAUGAUCGCCGCCGGAUCGUGCGACAAGACAAUCCGCGUUUGGUGCUUGCAGACGUGCGCUCCCCUAGCCGUGCUGGAGGGUCACGCAGCGUCCAUUACUUCGCUACAGUUUUCUCCUCUUUGCAGUGGCUCUAAGCGUUACCUGUCCUCCACGGGUGCUGACGGCACCAUCUGUUUCUGGCAAUGGGAUGCACGCACACUCAAGUUCGGUCAGAGGCCAAGUAAGUUCACUGAGCGUUCCAGACCUGGCGUCCAGAUGAUGUGUUCCUCCUUUAGUGCAGGCGGAAUGUUCCUGGCGACAGGAAGCACAGAUCACAUCAUCAGAGUCUACUACUUUGGUUCAGGACAGCCAGAGAAGAUCUCGGAACUGGAGUCUCAUACGGACAAAGUGGACAGCAUCCAGUUCUCACACUGCAGUGACCGGUUCGUGAGCGGCAGCAGGGAUGGCACAGCGCGAAUCUGGCAACUGCAGCCUCAAGGCUGGAAGAGCAUCCUGCUUGACAUGCAGACCAAAUUACCUGGAAAGUACAACCCGCCACCAUUAGAAGACAAGGUGACCAAGCUGAAGGUAACCAUGGUGGCAUGGGACCGCCACGACAGGACAGUAAUAACAGCAGCCAACAACUUGACCCUGAAAGUGUGGAAUUCCAUUAGCGGGAACCUGGAUCACGUCCUUAUGGGGCAUGAAGACGAGGUCUUCGUCCUGGAGCCUCACCCCUUCGACCCGCGCAUCCUCUUUUCAGCGGGUCACGAUGGCAAUUGUAUCGUGUGGGACUUGGCCAGAGGGGUCAAGAUCCGCUCUUACUUCAACAUGAUUGAGGGUCAGGGGCACGGAGCGUUGUUUGACUGCAAAUGUAGCCCAGACGGUCAACAUUUUGCUGCCACCGACUCCCAUGGUCAUCUACUCAUUUUUGGCUUUGGUUCCAGCAGCAAGUACGACAAGAUCGCCGACCAGAUGUUCUUCCACACUGACUACCGGCCUCUAAUCCGUGACGCCAACAACUAUGUGCUGGACGAGCAGACUCAGCAGGCACCUCACCUGAUGCCACCCCCUUUCCUAGUGGACGUGGACGGCAACCCGCAUCCGCCCCGAUACCAGCGGCUAGUACCCGGCCGAGAGAGCUGCCGUGACGAGCAGCUUAUCCCGCAGAUGGGAAUUACUUCCUCCGGCUUGAAUCAAGUGGUCAGCGAACAGGCGGUGGAUGGCCCCAGUCCUCUGGACACAAUGAUCCAAAGACUACAGCAGGAACAAGACCAGAGGUUGGGCUCCAAUGAGACACCUGCAGCUACUGUGCCAGCUGCUGCUACUGCUGCUGCUGUUAAUGCCAGCUCACGAGUCAGCAGAGCAUCUGUAGGGUCCCCAACAGAGGUGCCUUCACCGCCCAACGUGGGCCUUCGUCGCAGUGGGCAGAUUGAGGGCGUGCGGCAAAUGCACAGCAACGCCCCACGCAGUCAGAUGGCCACGGAGGGAGACCUUGUGGCGUGGAGCCGCCGGGUGCUGGUGCCCGAGCUGGAGGACGCCUCUGUUAGGAAACAGGUGAACUGGCGGGAAGCCAAAGGGGAGGAGGAGAUAAAUAUUUACCAGUCAGAACGCAGGAGACGCACCAUCCAUUCCCUACCAAAAGAGAGCAGAGUUCAUCCAACUUCGGAGUGUAUGGCUGACGAGGUGAGACGGAGUCAAGGUAACCACGGUUACCAGACCCGGGCGGCCGUGGAGGAGACGAGCCGGCAGAGCGCUGAGGCAGCCGAUGACGAUGACAGUAUCUCAGAGGGUGAGACAGAGGUACGGCAGAUCAAUGGACACUCGUCAGAAGAGGAGAAGGAUGGAGAGCAAAAAGAGCCAUGGCCUGAUGAUCACAGCAGUUCAAGUGAUUAUUCCAGCGAUUAUUCUGACUGGACAGCUGACGCGGGCAUCAACUUGGAGCCGCCGAAGAAAAGUGUGAAAGUGAAGAAGAAGAGCAGCAGCUCAGAAGAGGACGGCGACAAGAAGCGGGACACUAAAAAAGAACGCAAGAAGGACAAAGCCGACAAGGACGGCGCUCUACCAAAGAAGAAAAAGCCAAAAGAGAAGAGGAAGAGAGCAGAGUUUCAGGAGCAAGGACUGAGUUUAGAGGAGUGGCUUCCCUCUUCCUGGAUCACGGACCUGCUUCCCAGGAGAUGUCCUUAUAUUCCACAGAUGGGAGAUGAGGUUUAUUACUUCCGUCAGGGCCACGAGGCAUAUGUGGAGAUGGCCAAGCAAAAGAAGAUUUACAGCAUCAACCCAAAGAAGCAACCUUGGCAUAAGAUGGAGCUUCGGGAGCAAGAACUGAUGAAGAUUGUAGGGAUAAAGUAUGAGGUCGGCUUGCCUGCGUUAUGUUGCCUCAAGCUGGCCUUCCUUGACCCAGACACUGGAAAACUGACUGGAGGAUCCUUCUCCAUGAAGUACCACGACAUGCCAGAUGUCAUCGAUUUUCUGGUGCUACGGCAGCAGUUUGACAAUGCCAGGAAGAGACAGUGGACUAUCGGUGACAGAUUUCGCUCGGUCAUUGACGACGCCUGGUGGUUUGGCACCAUUGAGAGUCACGAGCCGUAUCAGCAGCAGUACCCCGACAGUCUGUUUCUCUGCUACAAUGUCUGCUGGGAUAAUGGCGACACAGAGAAGAUGAGUCCAUGGGAUAUGGAGCUCAUUCCUGACGAAGCGUCGUUCCCAGACGAGCUGGGCACCAGCGUUCCGCUCACAGAGGAGGAGCAUCGUGAGCUUCUAUACGUGCCUCUGGAUGGCGAAUGGGGAUGCCGCACGCGUGCCGACGAAUGCGAGCGCAUCAUCAAAGCCAUCGACCAACUCUGUACUUUGGACAUUGCGGCGCCGUUUGCUUUCCCGGUGGACCUUCAAGCGUACCCCACCUACUGCACAGUGGUGGCUUACGUCACGGACCUCAGCACCAUACGCCAAAGGCUGGUCAACCGCUUUUACAGACGACUGUCGUCUCUGAUGUGGGAAGUUCGUUACGUGGAGCACAAUGCUCAAACGUUUAAUGAGCCGGGCUCCUUUAUCGUCACCACUGCCAAGUUUGUCUCCGACCUCAUGCUGCAGUUCAUUAAGGACCAAAGUGCGUCAGACCUAAUGCCACUCUACAAAACUCUGAAGAAGGCCACCUUCUCUGACUCUGAAGAUGAGGAUGAGGAAGAGGACGAUGAGGACACGAGUACACCAGGAACCUCCACACAAAACCACAAGGAGCGGCGUCCAACCCGGCGACACUUGCGCACGCGGCCGCCCUCGUACGACCCUCAAGCGUGGCGAGGACGCUGCAAGGAGCUUUUGGACCUCAUUUUUCAAUGUGAGGACUCAGAACCUUUUAGAGAACCCGUGGACCUGCAGGAGUACCCGGAUUACCUCCAGAUCGUAGAUUCGCCAAUGGACUUUGGCACCGUCCUCAACACACUAACUGCAGACAAAUACCAGACGCCCAUCCAGCUCUCCAAGGACGUGCGACUCAUCUUUAGUAAUUCCAAAGCGUACACACCCAGUAAGAAAUCCCGGAUCUAUAGCAUGAGUUUGAGGCUGUCUGCCCUCUUUGAGGAGCAUAUGAGCUCCAUCCUGGCCGACUACAAGGCCAUCCACGGCCUGACGGAUAAGUUGACGCGACGGACCGCCGAGCGCCAGACCCGUAACUCCACCCCUGAGCAGCGACCCACACGGCACAACGUCAAGAGGCGGCGGCGCAGCGAAUCUCCCUCCAGCAGCACAGCGUCAAGCCCGGAAAGGAAGAGGCGCGUCUCAUCCAGGGUGAUGAGUAGACGAGAGCCGACACCGCCUCCUUCACGGCCCCCGUCCCUAAGGCAGAACCUCACCCCAAAGAACACGCCUCCGCUGCUCAACGGAAAGACCGACACACCGGGUGUCGGACGCACGCGCAGCGCAGCAAGACAUUAUGCACACUCGCCACCCUCGUCAGCUUCUGUGCCCAAUGCCAGCCCUGCAGAGUCGACACGCUCACUGAGAACUCAAAGUGUUGUCUCCGCCUCCACGCCACCCGCAGCAGCUGAGAAGACGAAACCCUCCCCGGCUGUGGAAGGUGGUGCAGCUGGAAGCACUCGGCGGAAACUGAGGACACCUGUGAGAAGAUCAGGAUCUCCUGAAAGCCCGAUCACCCAGAACACGGCUCACCUGAAUGGACACAGUAGUCUCUUGAACGCCGGGGUGGGAAGGAAAGGCCGGAAAUCUCGAACAGAGCCACCUCCGAGUCCUCCGAUGGACCCGGCGACUCCGGGCAGCCCCUCCAGGAGGCGCGGUCGUCCUCCGGGGAAGAAGCAAAGCAAGAAGAGCAAAGAGGAGCCCGCCAGCCCGGCUCUCGAUGACGAACUCGACCAAUCCACCGGCGACGAAGGCGCCGUGUCAGCGCCGGACUCUGGCACGCCGAAGAAGAGAGGUCGACCCCGGUCGCUUAGAACUGAGGAGGUAACACCUCCACCCCCGCCUCCUCCCCCUCUUCCGCCUUCUCCUCCAGCACCUUCGGAGAUGCCUGAACCUUCUCCCCUGAGGAGGAGCAGCCGGCGAGCGCACGACGACGUCACGUCUACGCCACGGACAUUAAGAGCCACUCGGCCGGAUGGGUCGGCGGACCAUCACGAGGGUGAGGAGGAGGUGGACGACGGGGCAGGAGGCUCCAUGCGCACCCGUAAUCAGGGGCGACGCUCGGCCUGGUACGUAGAGGACGACUCGGAGGAGGAACAGAGGCAGUUGCUCUUUGAGGACUCCUCCAUUACCUUCGGAACCUCUUCUAAGGGACGUGUACGCAAACUGACGGAGAAGGCUAAGGCCAAUCUGAUUGGCUGGUAGCCCCAAUACACACACAAGCCCCCUUUCACCUUGCCCAUCAAAGUUGUUGGUUUCCCUGUGCAAAAAUAACAAUACACAAUAUAGAUGGUUGAAGAAGCUUUGGAGGAAAAUGCAGUCUCAAUUUGGGAUUAGUCAAAAGAUAAAGGCUCCAAAUUUUUAGAUUUUUCUUUUUACCCAAAAUAUUUCUUGAUUUAUUUAUUUUUUCAUUGUUUCAAAAGAAAAAAAAUAAACUAUUUGGAGAAAAACAAUUCUGAAAUUGUUUAUGAUGUAAUGCCCCCCCCUUCAAGUGGCAAUGUUGCAGAAAUACCGUGUGCGAGGGGCUGCACGCUCUUUGGCCCAGAUGCUGCUAAUCCAAGCUGUGCCCCCCACCCCAUCCCUUCCAUCCUCCCACCUUCUCCAUUAUUGGUCCAUGUUGGACCACCAACCCCCCCUCACUUCUUUUAGUACAGUACUUGAAAAGAAAAGCCGCAGGAGGAAUGCUUGCUUUAUGGAACUGCUCAAUUUCCGGUGGAUGGAUGGAGUCAGACACCCACUUCAGCUCAGAAGUGUCUCUGUCCUCAAAUGUUUUUCUAAUGGCCCCUUCCGUUUUUCUAACAUUUAUAUGUGAUGCUUCGCCCUCUGCUGGAAGUCUUACGUAUUGCUGUCCAAUGAAAAGCAUGAAACUCCAUUCUGUAUAUUGAUGAUUCUCAAAAAUUGUACACCACAUGUUGUUUUAUCAGCUUUCUAGCCAAAAAAAUUGGGUUUUUUUGUUUUGUUUUUAAAAUAUGAGUCAAAAAUUAAAAUACAUGCUUUACAGUGGACAACAACAAUAUGGAGUGAGUGUCUGUGAAUGUGUGGAACAUCUCUAUCAAGUUUUUUUUUUUUUUUUUUUUUUUUAAAUCUCAACGUUGUUGCCAUCAAGGGCGUAGGUUUGCGUCGGGACUGUAGGGACAUAACACUACCAACUCUUCAGGAUGCUCAAAUUGUCCCCACCAACUUUUAAGCCACCUUAUUUGCAUUAUAUAAUGACUUUAGUAAUAUAGAUAAUUUAGCUUGUCUUCCCAUUUAUUGUAAGGAUAGAAGAGACCCUACCAUUAUCAAGUGACUUUGUUUCAUUAUGUUCAGACCUACAUUUAUCCCUUUUCAUUUGCUGAAUGUGCCGGUCCAUUUUUUUCCCCCUUCAAACACACGUCUGAUUGGCUGAUGACUUGACUUCCCAUCCCACCACUCACACAGACACUCACACAGCCCCGACAGAUUCCUGUCGACAACAUGCCGCCUUCUCCGCCCUCUUUGAAGAGGAGAGAUACUAGCUUUUUUUCGGCCAGCAGCAGCCACUGUAAGUGAUGUAAAAAUUAGGGCUGUCAAAAUUAUUGCGUAAACGGGCGGUAAUUUUUAAAAUUAAUUACGUUAAAAUAUUUGACUCAGUUAACGAACAUGCCACGCUCAGACAGAUUUAAAUGACAGUAUAGUGAAAUGCCCACUUGUUAAUUGUGUUUUAUGGAGUUUUGCUGCCCUUCGCUGGCACUUGGGUGCCAGCGCUUGGGUUAUAGGCUUCAGCACCCAUGAGCAUUGUGUAAGUAAUUAUUGACAUCAACAAUGGUGGGCUACUAGUUUAUUUUUUGAUUGAAAAUUUUACAAAUUUUAUGAAAAGAAAACAUUAAGAGGGGUUUUAAUAUAAAAUUUCUAUAACUUGUCCUAACAUUUAUCUUUUAAGAACUACAAGUCUAUCCAUGGAUCGCUUUAACAGAAUGUUAAUAAUGUUAAUGCCAUCUUGUUGAUUUAUUAAUAUAAUAAACAAAUACAGUCCUUAUGUAUCGUAUGUUGAAUGUUUAUAUCCAUCUUGUCUUCCAGCUUUCCAUUCCAACAAUAAUUUACAGAAAAAUAUGGCAUAUUUUAUAGAUGGUUUGAAUUGUGAUUAAUUACGAUUAAUUAAUUUUUAAGCUGUAAUUAACUCGAUUAAAAAUUUUAAUCGUUUGACAGCCCUAGUAAAAAUAUUUCAAUGGUGGUGAGGUGGGAGAAAAGACAAAUUUUGCGACCCAAGGUCCGACCUUUAUCAGUUAGCAUAACAUUAAACUGUGUGAACUUGUAAUAAUGCUAGGUAUAAGGUAAUGCUGUACUCUGUGGCUUCAGAAUGCUAGUCCCUUUAUUAAAUAAAUGGGGAGCUAUCCAAGAAUUGGUCCACUUCAGAGGGACGCUGACAUGAACAUGAACUGACGUGAAUAAAACUGAAAUGAAAUCACACAUUUCAUGAGAGUACUUUGGUUUGAGUUUUGGGGUAGUUUAGAACGCCUCAGAUGUAGAUCGAUCCAUGGCUAUCUCAGAUUUUUUUUUCAUUAUUUUUUCCCCAAAUCAAUUUUAUAUUGGCGCAGCUCCAGCGACCCGGGGCAGCAGGACUCAACAUCCCGGCCAAAAGGCCAAACUCUUCACCUUAGUCUUAACCCUUUGUACUGACUCCAUUUUGAAAGGUUUAAAGAAGGCUCACCGAAAACAAGUUCACAAUUUAAUCAGGUUGACAGCGAUCAAACAGCAAAGCGAAACAGACUCUUGGGCGAAGGUCACCCUAUCACACGUCAACAAAAGGUUCCCGAGAAAAAUGACCACGAUUAGUUAAACAUUUAGUCUUUUGAAGGCUCUUGCGGGGCGGGCUGUGGACAGAAUAAGGGUGUGUUUAGGAUAAUAAUCUAUCGCAGUUUGGGCUGUUUAGUUCAACUGAGGUGGGAGCUUGGGGCUGCCUUGACGUCUGAGAGGGGCCGCGCUAUCAAACUUAGUUCUUCUUGUUUACGGGUGUUGCUUUGGUUGGCCGGGGUGUCUUGGCCCCACCGAAGAGAUGACGACUGUGUCUUUUCCAUUACUUAUCAGGCGAGGGGGCUGAUAUGGAAUGUACUGAUGACUCAGCCUCCUGCUUUGUAAGGAGUGCAUCUGUGUAUUAUAACAUAUUAUAAUUCUUAUAACAUUAAACUAUGGUUAAAUGUCUUUUUUAUUAUAUCGAGUGUGUUAGCAUAAUGCAAACAGACCGUGCCUACAAGAAAAGGUACUAUCUCCUUUAUUUACACUACUUUAGUUGGAGUCUGGGUGCUCGAGUGUCCCCGAGAAGUAGACCCAUUAUUGGAAACCUCCCCGUUUUUUAAAUAAAGGCACUUGCACUUCAAAAUGUUUCUUCAGUAGUUGUUGAAAACAAAAGUUUGAAUCAAACGUUGUAUCACCUGAACCAAUACACAUGAAAGUUGGUAUAAAUCAAUUCAGAUUUAUUAUGCAUUGAUCAUUUAGCCUAUCAAUUAGCUUCACAUUCAUGAGAAAUGUAGCCCUGAGCCCGGUUCACCCAAUCUGUUUUGUCUUAUUGAUAUCCCGUCCCCACCAAAAAGGGUUCGUGCACGUUAUGCUGUUAUAUCGUCCCUACCAAUGUUGAGAACGAACCUACGCCCUUGGCUGUCAUUGUCCAAUUAAGUUUUUUUUUUUUUGGUGAUUUAAAAUGUUUUCUCCUAAAUUAUCUUAAUCAUCACACUGAUUUUUUUUCCCAUGUGAUUUUGGAGAUGCAUAUACGGUUUACAAUAUUGUAUAACUGUGCCUAUGUGUGUGUGUGUGUGUGUGUGUGUGUGUGUGUGUGUGUGUGUGUGUGUGUGUGUGUUGUUGUUGUCCAAUGAAAGAAGUUGCAUUUUUCUUUAUUUUGCAAAACUUGUGAAUCUUCAUGAUGCUUUUAUUUAUGCCAUUGUGAGCUUUAUUUUGUUAGUGUUUGUAUCAGGCAUGUGCCGGUAUGAGAUUCUGAUGGUAUGAUAACAUUAAGCCAAAAUUUCACGGUUUCACGGUAUUGCAAUUACAGCUCUGAAAUGUUAGUUUGAGAUAUCUGGGUUUAGAAAAAAAAAAGUGUUUUUUUUCCCCAUUGAACAGGACUUUUAUUUUUCCAAAAUUGAAAAAACAGAAAAUUUCCAAAUAAAAUUAAAAUAAAUGCAGUCCUUUUAGGUGAGCGUAAACCCACAGCUCAACAUUAUUACCAUCAGAACAAAAAUAAUUAUUUUCCAUGGAAAGCACGUGUGUAUGACUCGUAUCAUGUUUACAUUAUACACUCUUUCUCAACAUAGACAGUUGCCAGAGAGCACAGAAACAUUUUACCACUGCUAGACACACUAAACACACUGGAGUUAACUCUCAUAGCUGGGGGAAAUGUUCAUGACAGUGCUCACUAACCUUUAAUUUUGUAUAAAUUAGGGCUGUCAAUCGAUUAAAAUUUUUAAUCGAGUUAAUCACAGCUUAAAAAUUAAUCGUAAUUAAUCGCAAUUCAAACCAUCUAUAAAAUAUGCCAUAUUUUUCUGUAAAUUAUUGUUGGAAUGGAAAGAUGGAAGACACAAGAUGGAUAUAUACAUUCAAAAUACUGUACAUAAGUAUUUGUUUAUUAUAACAAUAAAUCAACAAGAUGGCAUUAACAUUAACAUUCUCUUAAAGUGAUCCAUGGAUAGAAAGACUUGUAGUUCUUAAAAGAUAAAUGUUAGUACAAGUUAUAGAAAUUUUAUAUUAAAACCCCUCUAAAUGUUUUCGUUUUGAUAAAAUUUGUAAAAUUUUCAAUCAAAAAAUAAACUAGUAGCUUGCCGUUGUUGAUGUCAAUAUUUACAUUACAUUAUGGUGCUUAAACCCAUAAAAUCAGUCGCACCAAAGCGCCAGUCUGUUUGAGCGGGGCAUGUGUGUUAAUUGCGUCAAAUAUUUUAACGUGAUUAAUUUAAAAAAUUAAUUACCGCCUGUUAACGCGAUAAUUUUGACAGCCCUAGUAUAAAUGCGAAAUCAUAUUGGAGGUAUUGCCUCCUUGGCAACCACCUUUCGUAUACAUGUUUUACAUGUCGGUUGGCCCUCCUCUGAGCCACAGCCGUCUGUAACUUUUCUGUAGCCGAAGUUUUCCCAUACCAGCGAUUUCAUUUUCUUCGAUGGGGGGAAAAAGUUCAGGAAUUUCACCUCCUCUAGGCCUUGUGUAGCACAGCUGGCUCACUGACACUGAGCAAAAACCGGUGGGGGAGGGUUGAGCCUUGUAGCUGCAAGCGAAGGAUUUCUCCCUGCAUUUUCGGGACGUAAAAAAUAGCUAAUACCUUAGGGACGGUAUGACGGAAAAUUUUUAUGGUUUUGAAACCUUGACAUAGUCAUACCAUGGUAUACCUUGAAACCAGUAAUGGGCACAUGUCUAGUUUGUAUAGACAUAUAGUCUUAAAUUUGGAAUACUUUUGUUUUUGCACCAAAAAUGCAAAAGUCAUUCUGAUUUUUUUUUUUGUGUUAAACAUUUUUCAUGCAAUAAGAGGAAAAACUUUGGAGGUACAUGCCUUUCAGUGGACAACAACGUGUAUGUGUCCCUGUCCAAUGAAAAUGUUUUUAUUUUGAGAAAUGACUGCUGGAGGGAGUGAACCUUUAUUUUAAAACCAACAUUUUCUGAAGAUUUUAGAGGUGAUUGCAAGAAAAACACCAAAUUUGCAGAACUUUUUUAAGACAUGCUCACAAAAUGUGUAUAUAUACCAGUAUGCUUUCAGUUACACAUGGACAUCACGGCUGUUUGUGCUUAAAAACCAAAUUUUGGUCAGAAGGGUCAUAUUGUUUUAUUGUAUGUCAACAUGGACGAGAGAGAGAAAUCGUGUUCAUCCGACUGCAAUGUGCCUUUAUGUCUUUGAUGUAUGUGCGUGAGAGAGAAAAGUUUUGUAUUUAUGACAUCAUGCAACUCGUCUUAUCACAUAACCAACGCUAUAGCCACAUGCACUUACCCCGCACCGCUUCUUCGCAAUGUGCUCUUUACUGUAUUUUUCCAAUGUUGUAACCACACACAUACAUUGAGGAAAAUAAGUAUUUGAACACCCUGCUAUUUUGCAAGUUCUCUCACUUAGAAAUCUCACAGUUGUCUGAAAUUGUCAUUGUAGAUGCAUGUCCACUCUGAGAGAGAUUAUCUAAAAAGAAAAAUCCAGAAAUCACAAUGUAUGAUUUUUUAAAACUAUUUGUGUAAUACAGCUGCAAAUAAGUAUUUGAACACCUGAGAAAACUAAUGUUAAUAUUUGGAUGUUUGCAAUUCUGUAGUUUUUCACCAGGUUUGCACACACUGCAGGGGGGAUCUUGGCCCACCAAUCAGUCAGAUUUCUGGGCUGUUGCUGAGCAACACUAAGUUUGAGCUCCCUCCAAAGGAUUUCUAUUGGGUUUAGGUCUGGAGACUGGCUAGGCCAUGCUAGAACCUUGAUAUGCUUCUUACACAGCCGUUCCUUAGUUUUCCUGGCUGUGUGCUUUGGGUCAUUGUCAUGUUGGAAGACCCAGCCACGACUAGGGUUGGGCGUCGUUUGAAAUUGAACGAUUCCAGUUCCGAUUCAGAUUCCACAUUUCGAUUCCGGUUCCGAACGAUUCUCAAUUCCGAUUCUUUUAAAAGGCAGGGUCAAAGAAAAAUUGCAUAGUUUACCCUAAUUUUCGGAUUAUAAACCGCUAUUUUUUUCCCUGAUUUUGAAUCCUGCGGCUUAUAGUCCAGUGUGGCUUAUUUGUUGAUUUAUUUGGGUUAAUGGGUAACACUUUAUCUAACAGCGGCAUCAUAAGACUGUCAUAAGAACAUCAUAAUUAUGACAUGACGCUAUCAUGGGCAUUACUGAAUGCUUAUAACAGAUGUCAAUAUGUGUCAUGUGGCAUAUUAUGUCACUAAAUCCAUUUAUGUCCAGCUCAGAUCUUUUACGUCCAUUCAAAAGUGAGAUAAUUUGCUGGAUGACACUAACAGACAUCUAUUAUAAGCAUUCAUUAAUGCUUAUGACAGUGUCAUGUAAUAAUUAUGACUGUCUUAUGACAGUAUUAUGGCACCACUAUCCAAGAAAAUGUUACCAAAUACCAUAACUAGCAAUUAAUGAAACAACUGGAACAGUAACUGAAGAAAUAAUGAGCACAGAACAUGACUGUUAUUUACAUCUGUAGCGCCGCCAUGCAUGCUAGGAGGAAUGUAUAUGGCACCACUAUCCAAGAAAAUGUUACCAAAUACCAUAACUAGCAAUUAAUGAAACAACUGGAACAGUAACUGAAGAAAUAAUUAGCACAGAACAUGACUGUUAUUUACAUCUGUAGCACCGCCAUGCAUGCUAGGAGGAAUGUUGGAUGAUAACAGUGUUGAGAGCAGGUGGCAGCAGAGGUUGACUGUCUACCCAAGGAAGCAGUGAUGGCCAAAUGAAGCUUUUAGUGACAAUAAGGCUUUGCAGCCGAUUGGUUCAAAGCUUAAUGGUGGUUCAUGUGGUCUCAUGACGGUCUUAUGGUGCCAGUCAAAUGAAGUGUUACCAGUUAAUGUCUUUUGGCGUAAAUAUCCCAUAAUACAAUGAGGACAACUGCGGCUUAUUGUCCAGUGUGGCUUAUCUAUGAACAAAUGCCGUUUUCAUGUCAAAUUUGGUGGCUGGCGGCUUAUAGUCAGGUGCGCCUUAUAGUCCAGAAAUUACGGUAUAUUAAAGUCUUCUCGAUGAAUUUUUAAAUUAAAUGGACUUCUCACAGGGCUAAUUUUAACUUGUAUAUAAAUAUCAGUCUUUGAACGCGAGCAAUUUUUUUCCGCUCGGCAGUCAGGGCAUUGAAACAAGGAAUCGAAAUUUUAAAAUUCGAACGAUUCCGGGAGCAUCAGAGUGUUAGAACCGGUUCCCAUCGAUGCUCGAUGCCCAACCCUAGCCACGACCCAUCUUCAAUGCUUGGACUGAGGGAAGGAGGUUGUUCCCCAAAAUCUCACAAUACAGGGCCUAGUCAUCCUCUCUUUAAUACAGUGGACUAGUCCUGUCCCGUGCGCAGAAAAACACCUCCAAAGCAAGAUGUUACACAGUAGGGAUGGUGUUCUUGGAACACGGUUAGUGGAAUUAUCUCUCAUCUGACCACAAAACUUGCUCCCAUGACUCCUCUUCAUCAUCCAAAUGGUCAUUGGCAAACUUAAGACGGGCCUUGACAUGUGCUGGUUUAAGCAGGGUAACCAUCCGUGCCAUGCAUGAUUUCAAACCAUGAUGUCUUAUUGUAUUACGAACAGUAACCUUGGAAACGGUGGUCCCAGCUCUUUUCAGGUCAUUGACCAACUCUGGUCAAUAGUUCUGGGCUGAUUCCUCACCUUUCUUAGGACCAUUGAGACCCCACGAGGGGAUAUCUUACAUGGGGCUCCACUCCGAUUGAGAUUGACCAUCAUGUUUAGCUUCUUCCAUUUUCUAAUGAUUGCUCCAACAGUCGACAUUUUUUCACCAAGCUGCUUGGCAUUUGCUCCGUAGCCCUUUCCAGCCUUGUGAAGGUGUACAAUUUUGUCUCUGGUAUCUUUGGACAGGUCUUUGGUCUCGGCCAUCUUACAAGGUUGAGUCUUACUGAUUGUAUGGGGUGGACAGGUGUCUUUAUGCAGCUAUCGACCUCAAACAGGUGCAUCUGAUUCACGAUAAUACAUGGAGUGGAGGUGGACGUUUAGUAGGCAGGCUAAACAGGUCUUUCAGGGUCCGAAUUCUAGCUGAUAGACAGGUGUUCAAAUACUUAUUUGCAGCUGUAUCAGACAAAUAAAUGGUAAAAAAAUCAUGCAUUGUGAUUUCUGGAUUUUUCUUUUUAGAUGAUCUCUUUCACAGUGGAUAUGCACCUACGAUGAAAAUUUCAGACUCCUCCAUGAUUUCUAAGUGGGAGAACUUACUAUUUUGCUAUUAGAACUAUUUUAAGUUGUUCAAAUUAGGGUUGUUCCAAUCAUGUUUUUUUGCUCCCGAUCCGAUCCCGAUCGUUUUAAUUUGAGUAUCUGCCGAUCCCGAUAUUUCCCAAUCCGAUUGCUUUUUUUUGCUCCCGAUUCAAUUCCAAUCAUUCCCGAUCAUUUUUCCGAUCAUAUACAUUUUGGCAAUGCAUUAAGAAAAAAAUGAAUGAAACUCAGACGAAUAUAUACAUUCAGCAUACAGUACAUAAGUACUGUAUUUGUUUAUUAUGACAAUAAAUCCUCAAGAUGGCAUUUACAUUAUUAACAUUCUUUCUGUGAGAGGGAUCCACAGAUAGAAAGACUUGUAAUUAUUUGUAUAUUGUGACUAAAUAUUGCCAUCUAGUGUAUUUGUUGAGCUUUCAGUAAAUGAUACUGUAGCCAUUUAACUGUUCUGCCCAAAUGCAUGAUGGGAAGUGCAACCAUGACUGUGCGUAGUGGCACCAAUUGAUUAUCUUCUCUGCGUUGGGAAAUAACAUAGGUUGUAAAGAAAAAGAUCAACUACUACCUUUCUUACCCACAUUGCUUUCCCACGGUAUUUCUAAUUGUUGAGAGAGGGAUUUUAAAGCUUUAGCCAAUUAAAAAAAGGCUCCAAAGACUGCCAAAAUUCACUUUACUCAUUUCACGCUGCCUUUUAGCUCUAUAUAUAGGUAAGUCGGUGCCAUUAUAGAUGGAACGCGAGAAUGCGUGAGUGGGUCGUGCAGCAUAUGCGUUAAUUGCGUUAAAUAUUUUAACGUGGUUAAUUAAAAAAAAAUUAAUUACCGCCGUUAACGCGAUAAAUUUGAUAGCCCUACUUUAAGCCAAAACUAAAGACUCUGGAUGAGUGUAAGACAUUUUGUCUGUAACGUUAAAUACAAUUAGAAAACAAUUUAAUUUAAAAAAAUUUAUAUAUUAAAAAAAGGCAUGUCCGAUAUUUUUUUGCCGAUUCCGAUACUUUGAAAAUGACAUGAUCGGAUCGAUCGGGACAUCUUUAGUUCAAAUGCUUAUUUUCUUCGCUGUAUUCAAGCAAAAUGGGCAGAAUUGGCAAGUGUCAUAUUCAAGGUCUGUGCUGGUGUGCCUUGAGAAGCCUUUGUAAUGGGUCAUUUCGCUUUCAAGACCAGACCAGGCUGGAUUUUUUCCCCUAAACAAAAUGGUCAUCUUCUUCCAUGGCACCCACAUUAACUCCACAUUUGAUCUGGCAAUUUAAUGUUAGAAUAUUGAUGUUGUCGACACAUUCAUACAUUGUUGAUUUGUACUUCAGACAUUUUGAUUGUGGCCCAAAAUCUCUCAAUACAGUGAUCCCUCGCUACUUCGCACUUCAAACUUCACGCCCUCAGUCCAUCGCGGAUUUUUUUUUUUUCAGCUAAAAGGAAAAAAAAUACAGAUGAGCUGUCCCAAGACAAUCACGUAGUCUCACUCUCCCUCCUCUUAACGAUAAUUGAUAGACGUAUUCUGUUUGAUCUUGCCACAGAUCCCUGGAAGCCUCAGCAUCAAAGCACCACAUGCGUCAAUCAUCGUUCAACUUGUUAAACAGUUGCUGUGGCAACUCAUUGUAAUUUUCCAAUGCUAAAUCUGAAUAAAUACAAUGAACACACACAAAAACAAAACAAAAAAACAUUUUUUUUGGGGGGGGGGCACUACUUUGCGGUUUUUCACUUAUUGCAGCGGGUUCUGGUCCCCAUUAACCGCGAAAAACGAGAGAUCACUGUACUUGGUACAUACUGUGGAACCUCCUGUUUUCCCAUUUUGUAAUGUCCACAUUGGGUUGGGUAAUAAAGGUUGUAUACCGGCAUUUCUAUUUUUCCCCCCAAUGAAAAACUAAAAAUGGUGCCUAUCCCAGCUGGCUUUGGCCAAAACCAAGGACUGGUUGGCAGCCAAAAAAUUUGCUUUUUUUUUUUUUUUUUUAAACCAUGCUCUGCACCAUUGACUAUUGACAGCAUUUCAAGGCCCUCCUUGUAAAUCUGGAACUGAUUCUGCUCAUUUUAUAUGUUUCUUGGCUGAAUUUGAAUUUGGAAAUCUUUUAUGGAGUACGUAGAAGUUAAUUGCUAAAAAUGAACAGAAAUUAGAGCAUGGAAUGGAGCCUCGUUGUCAAAUAAGAAUUUUAGAGUGCCUCGUUGUACAGUUGUGGCUGAUUUGGGGGAAAAAGGUUAUUUAGUUCAAUCUUAAAUUGUAUAAUUUUAAUAAAAGGUUUUAUUUUUAAAAAUGAACAAUUCAGCAAAUUGAUUGUAAUAGAAAGCAUGUCAAUUGUUUCCCUUUUUUAUUGAGGAAAAUUAAUUUAUAUUUUAAAAUAAAGAGAAAAAUGUGACAACUUGGAGGUUCCACAUUUUAUAACAAAACCUGCUUUCCUAAAAUGGACAUCACCUAUUCAUAAUCAUAAUAGUAAUGCUUCUUAUUGUGAAUGAACUGGGAGCUUCUUUCCUUUAAGAAAGUUUUAAUUCCAAAACAAUUCCCAAACGAGAACUUCACCACCUUACCUGUUUUCUGUCCAAAUAUCAUGAAUGAAUCGCACCUGUAUUUAUAUUGUAUGUGAUCCUGACGUAUCAACCGUCCUAACACAUUUAAAGUGAUCUCAAAGGGGCCUUAAACAGAUGGAUCGGUGGGGAUUGGGGUGUGUGUGUGCGUGUAUGUGCCUAUGUGAAUGAGCAUUGCCAGUUGUCAUUGAAAGUGGCAUGAAAGGAAAUCCUUGUUUCACACUUCUUUGUUAGUUUGUAUACAUUUUUAUAUGAAUAUAUUACUGAAAUCAACCAGAAAAAAAAAAGCCUAAAACUAGAAUGUACGUAUACGUUUGUGUGUGUAGGCAAAGUACUGCUGUCCUGUUAGUUGAUACACACAAUAUUUUAAAGAA